AUGGCCGGCCCCGAAGAGCCGCUCGCUCCCCGCCCCCAGGCCCCCCUGCCAGCGGCCGGGGCCGAGCCCGGCUCCGGCUCCUGCUCCGGCCCCGGCAAACUCCGCCCGGAGCCGGGGCGCGGCGCAGCCAGCGGGGGGGGCGCGGCGGGCCCGGGCCCGGCCCCCGAGCAGCCCGGUGGCGGCCGGGCCGAGCGCGCCUUGCCCCCGCGCCCGCCCCCCUCCUCCGCAGGCCGCGCCAGCCCCGCGGGGGGCCCCGGCGCCCUGACCGCGCGCGGCGGCUGGGUCGCAGCCCGCGCUCCCUUCGCGCUCGCCUUCUCCUCCCCUGGCCGCUCCUCCACUCCGUCUUCCUUUUACUUCUGGCCGCCGCCCCCCCCGCCCCCUCCUUCUCUUCUCCCCUCCUCAUCUGCCUUCCACUUCCCCGUGCGUCUCCCAGGAAGGGAGGGCGCAGCGGCGGCGGCUCGAGGAGGCGGCGGCGAUGCUGGCGGCGGCGGCGGCGGCGGAGGAGGACAAGAGGCAGCUUCCCUGAGCGGCCCCCCCGGCAGUAGUUCCCGCGGCGACGGCGGCAGCGGCGGCGGGCGGCGGCGGCGGCUCCUCCUCUCCCCUGCGCUCCAGGGCUUGCUGCUCCCAGCCCGCGCCGGGCCCCGGCCGCCGCCGCCGCCGCCCCGGCUCCCGCUCGGCCCCGCGGUCCGCCGCGCGGGCUCCCCCGGCUUCCCGGGCGCCGGCGGGGGCUGCCCCGGCCCCGGCCCCAGCCCCGGCGGCGGCGGCCGAGCUCCGCGGUGGCCGCGAGGCGCCGGCGCCGCCCUCGCCGCCGCGUCCCCGCUGCUUUUCGGCUCCGACAUGGAAGAUGGACCUUCUAAUAAUGCGAGCUGCUUCCGAAGGCUGACCGAGUGUUUCCUGAGCCCCAGUUUGACAGAUGAAAAAGUGAAGGCAUAUCUUUCUCUUCACCCCCAGGUAUUAGAUGAAUUUGUAUCUGAAAGUGUAAGUGCGGAGACUGUAGAAAAAUGGCUGAAGAGGAAAAACAACAAACCGGAAGAUGAAUCGUCUCCUAAGGAAGUCAGCAGGUAUCAAGAUACAAAUAUGCAGGGAGUGGUAUACGAGCUGAACAGCUACAUAGAACAGCGGCUGGACACGGGGGGAGACAACCAGCUGCUCCUCUAUGAACUAAGCAGCAUCAUCAAAAUCGCCACAAAAGCUGAUGGAUUUGCACUGUAUUUCCUUGGAGAGUGCAAUAAUAGCCUUUGUGUGUUUACCCCACCUGGAAUCAAGGAAGGAAAACCCAGGCUCAUCCCUGCUGGGCCCAUUGCCCAGGGCACCACCACCUCUGCCUAUGUGGCCAAGUCCAGAAAAACGUUGUUAGUAGAAGACAUCCUUGGGGAUGAACGAUUUCCACGAGGUACCGGACUGGAAUCAGGGACGCGUAUCCAGUCUGUUCUUUGUUUACCCAUCGUCACGGCCAUCGGCGAUUUGAUUGGCAUUCUUGAGCUCUACCGGCACUGGGGCAAAGAAGCCUUCUGCCUGAGUCACCAGGAGGUUGCAACAGCAAAUCUUGCCUGGGCUUCGGUAGCAAUACAUCAGGUGCAGGUAUGCAGAGGUCUUGCCAAACAGACUGAAUUGAAUGACUUUCUACUUGACGUAUCAAAAACGUAUUUUGAUAACAUAGUUGCAAUAGAUUCUCUACUUGAACACAUAAUGAUAUAUGCAAAAAACCUGGUGAAUGCCGAUCGCUGCGCACUUUUCCAGGUAGACCAUAAGAACAAGGAAUUAUAUUCAGACCUUUUUGAUAUCGGAGAGGAAAAGGAAGGAAAACCUGUCUUCAAGAAGACCAAAGAAAUAAGAUUUUCAAUUGAGAAGGGAAUUGCUGGUCAAGUAGCAAGAACAGGGGAAGUCCUGAACAUUCCAGAUGCCUAUGCAGACCCUCGCUUUAACAGGGAGGUGGACCUGUACACGGGCUACACGACGCGCAACAUCCUGUGCAUGCCCAUCGUGAGCCGGGGCAGCGUCAUCGGCGUCGUGCAGAUGGUCAACAAGGUCAGCGGCAGUGCCUUCUCCAAGACGGACGAGAACAACUUCAAGAUGUUUGCUGUCUUCUGUGCCCUGGCCCUGCACUGUGCCAACAUGUAUCAUAGAAUUCGCCAUUCGGAGUGCAUUUACCGGGUCACCAUGGAGAAGCUGUCCUAUCACAGCAUCUGUACCGCAGAGGAGUGGCAAAGCCUCAUGCAUUUCAGCCUUCCAGUCCGUCUCUGCAAAGAAAUCGAAUUGUUCCACUUUGACAUUGGUCCCUUUGAAAACAUGUGGCCUGGAAUUUUCGUCUACAUGGUCCACCGGUCCUGUGGGACAGCCUGCUUUGAGCUUGAAAAGUUGUGUCGUUUUAUCAUGUCUGUGAAGAAAAACUACCGUCGGGUUCCUUACCACAACUGGAAGCACGCGGUCACGGUGGCCCACUGCAUGUACGCCAUCCUCCAGAGCAACCACGGGCUCUUCACCGACCUGGAGCGCAAAGGACUGCUGAUCGCGUGUCUGUGCCACGACCUGGACCACAGGGGCUUCAGCAACAGCUACCUGCAGAAGUUCGACCACCCACUGGCGGCGCUCUACUCCACAUCCACCAUGGAGCAGCACCACUUCUCCCAGACCGUGUCCAUCCUGCAGUUGGAAGGGCACAAUAUCUUCUCCACCCUGAGCUCCAGUGAAUAUGAGCAGGUGCUUGAGAUCAUCCGCAAAGCCAUCAUUGCCACAGACCUUGCUUUAUACUUUGGAAACAGGAAACAGUUGGAAGAGAUGUACCAGACCGGAUCGCUAAACCUUAAUAAUCAAUCGCAUAGAGACCGCGUCAUCGGCCUGAUGAUGACUGCCUGUGAUCUUUGUUCUGUGACAAAACUGUGGCCAGUAACAAAGCUGACGGCGAACGACAUAUACGCAGAGUUCUGGGCUGAGGGGGACGAAAUGAAGAAGCUGGGCAUACAGCCUAUUCCCAUGAUGGACAGAGACAAGAAGGACGAAGUCCCACAAGGCCAGCUUGGAUUCUACAACGCCGUGGCCAUUCCCUGCUACACCACCCUCACCCAGAUCUUCCCGCCCACAGAGCCCCUCCUGAAAGCCUGCAGGAACAACCUGAGCCAGUGGGAGAAGGUGAUCCGAGGGGAGGAGAGCGCCGUGUGGCUCUCGAGCCUGCCCGCGGCCCAGGGGACCUCGGAGAAGCUGCCCGCGAAGGCUGAUGACUGAUGGCCACCUCAAGCCGUCCCACCUGAAGAUGCUCAUCUUGCUUCUUUGACUUUUCUUCCUUUUAUUUUUGUGGGGGGAACCUACACCUGGUAACUGGGAUGCAGACCGCUUGCAGGAGGUACCGUGGAGUAAGCACGCGCAGCAGACGGCUCUCUGUCAGCCUUCUCUCUACACGUCACAGCCGGUGAUCAGCCAGGACCAGAAAUAGCAGCCCCGGUGACUCCACUUGACUUGUGAACUGGCCUUUUUUAAUGGGCUAAUAUUGCUGAGGCCUUAAUGGAAAUGGACAAUUAUUCAGAAAGGGGUACUUUUCCACUGUAUCUUUCUAGUGAGGGUUAAAACGGUACUAUUAUGAUAUUGUACUUUGGCUUUGACACCAGUGUUGCUUUGAUGUUGUUGGUUAUAAAUAGGAACUUUUACACAUUCCUCUUGUGGAUGUUCGUGUGUGACCUACUUGUGAUUAGCGUGAAUCGUAGCAGGCAGCCUCAGACACAUGUCAUCGAGGUUACAGAGCAAGAAGUGUUUUUCUGAAAUCAGUGAUGGAAAAUAGUCAGGUUCUUCUUCAGAUCCUCAUGAAUUAAAAGUUAGGUGGACUAAAGUGUAUUCUUUAAGUUUAUAUUAAAGGGCUUAGAUGAAAAAAUUUAACACUAAAGGAAGCAGAUUUUCUAUCCUCUUGAGAAGAGGUGCAGAUAUACAUCCUAAUAAAUCUCAGAACUCCAAGUGUCAGCUCAAAAAAUGUCAGAAUAUUUUUUUUUCUUUAUUGUAGUCUUGGCAAAUUUCCUAAACCCUUUACAUAAAGAACAAAAUAAAAGUGCAAGGCACACAAAUUUUUUUCAACGGACAAGUCUUAUGGAUGUAAAAUGUGAAUUUUUAAUAAUGAUUCUUUUAUGUUUUCACUUGAUGUCAUGGCAAAAUCUUAAAAUCACAUUCAAAAUGAAAGGUUUAUUCUACAAAUUAUUUAAUUAAAAGACCAUACUUUUUUUUAAAAUCAAUUAAACCAUAACAUUUAAUCCUUCUGGAGUCUUCACUGCGAUCUGCUGCAUUCACCUCGUCUGCUCGAUGGUCUUUCAUAAGCUCUCCUCCCUCAGCAGCUGCAUCGGGGCCCAUGUCUGUUCUCUUUGCUUCUCUUUGCUCCGCUCAAGAUCAAGCAUCUACAGAGAAACCUGUGUCUGCAGAGUUUCUCCUGUAUCAUUUUUGGUAGGCUCACAUUACUCUACAGUGAAAAUGUUUUGAAAAAAUCAUACAAAAGUAAUAGUCUGGACCCCCUCCUACAAGGAUUUUAAGCCAGUCACUUCUGGCGCAUAUUCAUGCUUUGAAGAUUUUUAUCACAACGACCUGGUAACCCCCGAAGCUGUGCUAGUCUUGACCUGCAGGAAUUAGUCUCAGAAAUGCUGGGCUGAUGCAGGACAAAGGUUUGUCCACUGUUCUCCUGGCAGGAAACUGAAAUACUGCUUUUAAUAAAAUAAAUUUUUAAAAAGAUUCUUUUACAUAUCCAAUACCGUACACAUCGUUGCUCGUAUGUUUAAAUGUGAUGAAGCCAGAUGUUUCUACAAUAUGGUUUAUUUGUGUUGCAGCAGAGUUAGCUGUACAUAAACACCGUUCUUAUUUUAAAAUUAACACUGCGUUCAUUUUCCUUAUGGGCCCUCUUCCCUGCAUGGAGCUCCAUUUGCUGUUGUAAUUAUACAAUAUGAGGUAGAGUGAGAUAACGAGAGAGAGAGUGUACCACUGCGGCUGGGUACACACAUGCACGCACACACAGGGAUGUAUGUAGCUAUGCACACAUACAGGUGCGUGUAGAUAUAUACAUGUAUGUAGAUACACGCACGUAUAUGAGUGAGAGAAAGGGAGAGAGAUGCAAACAUAUCUUUGAAAAGUAACAAUCAGCCCCAUUCUUCACAGUGAUUUUUCAUGUUGGAAAAUGUGUAUUGUUUGAUAGAGAGCUGACUAGAAAAAGUCCUUUUUCAUGCUAGUGUAUUCAUAGAAUUGAAUUCUAAAAAGGUGCAUACAUCCACUGUUUCUACAUCCAAGUGUACGAAACUAGGCCCACGAGAUACAACUUUAACCACAAAAGUUACUUAGCUCAUGUAACCGA